AUGAAAGAAGAAGUUCCAAGAGAUCAUCAUAAUAUAACUUCACUUAUUUAUCCGGAUCACAACAUGCGAUGUCACAGUACAAAUGAUGAUGACAGACUUAACAAAGACGUCAAAUUUGGUGUACUCCGAAUAUUCUGGGGAGAAAUGGAACUGCCGUUUACGGAAGAAAUCGAGCUUCGAGCCGUCAAAAGAUCUGUGGAGAUGAAGACAUUUAUGAGUUGGGAGUUUCGAUUAGGUCCUCCGGAAGAUCAGAAAGUUUUAGUCUCGGUUCCAGCUCAUUUGUUCUGGAGAAUGCUCAGAACGAAAAAGGAAGAACUUAAAAUGUAUCCAGCAACAUUCAUGUUUCAAUUGGCACAAGAAGGAAUGGAACAUUUGAAAACUUCGAUUCCAGACGUUUACGAAUCAGUGAAAAAGUACCAUAAAGAACGGAGAAAACCUCUUUCAGAACUCCUUUUUGUCGUUUUGGAUCCAGCAAAUAUUCAAUUCUUCGAGUUAGGUCUUCUCUUGUACAGAGGCGCUUACGAAGUUCUGAUCAGACAGUUCCACAAAGUGUUCGACAAACACUGGGCAGAUCACAACAAAUGGUGCAUGACUCGUUAUCCAGAUCCAAGGGUUGUGUACGCUCCAAUUGAAGAAGUAUCGGGAGAUGACUUCUCUCAUCUAACAAAACGAUUCGGACUCCGAAAUUAUGAUACAAGAGAAUCAGCGGAUGGGAUAAGAUAUACUGUUCGAACUUACUUACCGAGAAAAGAAGUGAAGAAAAAAUAUAAGAAAGGAGCACACAUGAAGAAGACGAUGAAUCAGAGAGAAGAUGGAGGUGUUGAGAGGAGAGAAGACGCCGGAGGGCAUGAUCAGGAAGAGAUUCUGGGAAAUCGACAGAUGUCAUUCGACAGAAAGAUUGUCUAUCCAGAGAAUUUGACUGAUUUCUUCGAGGAAAUGAGACGGAAGAAGCAAAUGCAGAAUAGAAAGAAUCGAUUACUCAAGGAGAUAGAAGAUCGAAUUGUGAAAGUGAAGGAACCGAAAAUUGUGGUGGAAGUGGAAGAGGAGUUGAUAGAAGUGAAAGAAGAGCCCAAGGAUGAAGCGAUGGAGGGACCGGAGGAGAAGACGGUAGAAGAGGAUGUUUCCGAAGAAGUCGAACUCGAUUUUGGAAUGGAAGAAGAGGAAGAAGAAGAGGAGGAAGAAAUUGAAGAGGCAGAUGAUGGUUCAUUCGAAACGGAUGCCCCAACUACGUCGACUAGGUCAGCAAAAAGUCGUCAAGUAAGAAGAAGAGCUCCCGGUUCAGCUGCUCCAUCGACUUCACUGACGUUGGAUAAUCGACCAAGACGUCAGAGAAACGAGCCAACUGAAAUCUACAAAGCAACUCCAAUCAAAAUGAGAACCUCCAAACGUCGUUGA